AUGGUAAAACAAAAGCUUGGUUUCAAUGCAGAUAAUUUAGAUUGGAUGAAAAAGGAAGCCGAACGGAAAAAGAUAUGUGAUUUUGGGUUACAUGGUGGAAUUCUCAUUGAUGAAAUGAAUAUUCAGGAUGACUUAGUCAUAACCAAAAAAGGAGAUACCUGGGACAUAAUUGGUAUGGUUGACAUGGGAGACACAAACAAUACCAUCAGAGAAGUAAUAAAUUGAAGGAAAAACGUUGAGAUGGCCACACAUAUUUUACAAUUCAUCUUUCAUGGGUUCACAGGAUUUAGAUGGCCUGUGGUAUACUUUGCAUCCAGUACAGCAACAGCUUAUGAAUUAUUCACAAUAUUCUGGGACUGUGUUGAUAAGCUUGAUGAGAAGGGUUUUACUGUCGACUAUGUAAUGAUGGAUGGAGCAUCAACAAAUCGAUCAUUCACAAAUAUGCUCAUGAGUAACCCAAGAGAAAUGAAAUUUGUCUUCCAUGAUGUAUUUAAUUACAGGCAUGAAAUUUGUGCCAUUCAAGACAUUAUGCACUGUUUGAAAAAAAUUAGGAAUAAUAUUGAAUCAAGUGCCAGUGUAAAUGUAAAUAACACUGGAAGAUAUCUUACAAUAAAUGAUGUUCCAGUACUUUGGGAUCACUGGAAAGAAUGUUUUUAUUUUAACUUUCAAAACGGAUUUUCAAUACAUAGAAUAUUAACAGAAGAACAUAUUCAGCUAAUCACCUUGCCAUUCAGAUUUUGGAUAAAGAUAUGCUCUACUUGA